AUGGCGCGAAUAAAUAUCCCCCCUGUGACGCGCGUCCUCCUCGCGGGCCUCGUCUUCCAGUCGAUGCUCUCUUCUGCCAUCCGCUAUCGCCAAUGGACAGAGCACGCCGAGAUCGUCAUACCAUACCUCACCUUCGUCCCCCAACUAUCGAUCGUGUACCCAUGGACGCUCCUCACGACAUCGCUCGUCGAGAGCAACAUCUUCACGCUGGCGGUGGGCGCUGCGACACUCUACUACGGCGGGCGGUAUCUUGAGCGUGCCUGGUCCUCACGCGAGUUGGCCAAGUUUGUGGCGCUCGUCACGCUGGUCCCAAACUUCUUGACCUUUGGCAUGCUCGUGAUUCUGUUCACUCUCUCGCGCAACGAAAGCUGGACACUGACCGUUGUCUCCGGAACCAUCUCGAUUCAGAUAUCCUUCCUCGUCGCUUUCAGUCAACUCGUGCCCGCCCAUACCGUCACACUCUUCCGCGGGAUACUCUCCCUGCGCGUCCCUCGGUUUCCCCUCGUCCACCUGGGCGUGGUGACACUGCUUUCCUUGACGCCCGCCCUGUCCAUCGCCAGCUUCUGGCUGGCCCUGUUUGGGUUCCUGACGAGCUGGACGUACCUGCGCUUCUACAAGACUGUCUUCCCCGACUUGGAAGCCUCGUCGCAGUCAGCCGGCCUACGAGGCGAUGCGAGCGAAACAUUUGCCUUUGCGGAGUUCUUCCCUGCUCCCGCGAAGCCAUUCGUGGCCGCGUUCGCCGACCAGAUCUUCGAGGCGCUCGUGGCGAUGCGUGUAUGCGCGCCCUUCUCGCAGGCCGACAUGUCCGCCGCCAGGGGUGAGAGCUAUCUCCAGAGGGGGACACCCGGCAGCGCCCGCGCAGAGGCCGAACGAAGGCGGGCCAUCGCCCUGAGGGCUUUGGACCAGAGAUUGCACGCUGCGACAGGUACCGCGCCGAGCAGGUCGCCUUCGCAGCCGUCUGCGCAGGCUCCUGGUGGUGGGCAGCAAGACGGCCAACGGUCACAACACCAGGCGAACGCGCAGACAGCCACCACGUCACAGCCGGGGCCGAUGCUGGGCGAGACCAAGUUUGAGCCCGAUCACGACGAUGAUGAGGACAGGCACUGA